AUGCCCCCCGUCAUUUCAUCUCCUUGUUUGUUUGUUCAUCAAGCAAGCAAACAUCAAUUAAUUGCGCAAUUAAUUGUUGUAUACUGUGCGAUGGUGGGUGGUGUAUACACCAACUAUGUUGGUUUGUCUUGGUUAAUACAUCAAAGUAAAGCAAAGAGAAGCAGUGGUGGAAUUAUUAUUGUUGCAACAACAUUAUAUAUCGUAGUAUCACAUUAUUUGUUAUUAUUUAUUGAUUAA